AUGAACGAAUCGGUCUUUGCCAUUUUUUUUUCUGUUGAACAAACAGAAAAAGAAUCUGAAAGAAUUGGAAAGAAGCUGCUGCGAGGCGUGAAUGUCCCGGUGGCGCGACGUGACGGGACAUCUGGUUCGUGUGCAGGCCGUGUGCGUGCGCGCGGUCACGUGGCGUGGCGUCGUGUGCGUGUCACAAUGUACGGCCAUUGCCCGGUAUCACUCUGCACGGCAGCUACGCUGAGAACAACAAAAAUUGCUUUUUGUUCCCCCUCCCUCUCAACAGCACGCAGGCAAAGCGAAAGGAAUAAAAAGCAAUUCACACGCACACAGACCUCCGCAGAACGCACCCACUGCCAUCCUGGGCAGUGGGUGCCAUGGCAUGCCUUCCACACUCAGACAGGCCAGCAGGAACCACCCCCUCCCCACCGCUGCUGCCGUCGCCGUUGCUUUUUAGCAUUCCCCGUGCUUAGUUAA